AUGCCACCAAAGAGAAAGUUAAGUCAAUCUUCAGCUGAGUCCUCGCCAGUGAAAAAAUCCACUGAAGAGUCUCAAAAUGUAGCUGUCACACAUUCACCACAAGAAUACCUAGACUUUUUCACAUCAACUUUGGAUAUGGUGUUUAAUUUGAGAGAUGGCGAUGAAGAAUUGGCACCUCCAUUUAUCAAGCUACCAUCUAAGAAAUUCUACCCGGAUUACUACCAUCUCAUAAAGCAACCUAUAUCAUUAAAUGAAAUAGGAAAGCGAAUUAAAACUAGAUAUUCUGGUACUUCAUCGAGAGAGUUUCUUAAUGACUUUGAAUUGUUGUUAGAAAAUGCGAGCACCUAUAAUUCUCCGGAUUCUUGGAUUGUUGAAAGUGCUAGAAAAAUUGUAAAUUUUGUUGAGGGUCAAGUUGAGGAAUUUGAGAGCACUUCUUCAACCAAUUUAUCAACAAAUAAAGCAGCCGAUGACACCAAGAAACCAAGGAUAAAAUUAAAGCUCAAACUGAUAAAAAAACAAACAGAGACAGAAACGGGGCCAGAGUUUGGGUCAUUAGUAAAAGUUAGAAAAGAAGAACCAUUAAUCACCUUUGGCAGGUUGGCAGAAUUUUGUAUAAAUAUAUUGAAUGAUGUCAUAAAUCAUAAGUUCCCAAAUCAGGGAGUUUUGAGUGGCCCCUUUUUGGAAGAAGUCGAUACGGGGGUUUACACCGAUUAUUUGGACUAUGUUACCAAACCAAUGUCUUUCAACACUAUUUUAUCGAAUUUGGAGAAGAAAAAACUAUUGAGUCCUAAAUUUCCAUUAUUAGACAACUUGAAAAAGUUUCAUGACACCACUACAUUGAUUUUCUCCAACGCAAAGGCUUACAACAAUGAGGAUUCACAAAUUUAUCAAGAUGCGGUUAUUUUGGAAGAGUAUUUUAAUGAACAAUAUAACAAAUUAAAAUCCAGAAUCGAACUGGAAGCAGAUAAAUUGCAUCCAUCGACACCAAAACUAAAGCUUAACCUUGGUAGAAUUGGUCCCUCUGUAGCAGAACCUCAAUUGAAGAAAAAGAGAAAGAGAUCCAUCAAGCAAGAAUUCCCAGAAGAACAAAUUCACGAAGAAGAAGAAGACAUCGACAUAACUCAAUCAGAACCCACCAAUGCGGAUACACAAGAUAUUGAUGAGCCAGCUGAUUCUAAAGAGCUCGACACAUCUAAAUCACGGGAAGUCGUUACUGAGCGAAACGCCCCUAAUACCAUGGGUAAGACUUUGCCGUUACUCCCUGAACAGAAUUCAAUAAUUCAAGAAUCAGUGAUAUUUUCAUCACCGGCUGUGUCAACUAAUAUUACCAAGUUUGUCCAACAAAAAUCAUCACAACCAGCAACAAUUUUGUCUAGGGACCAAGAAAUCAAAAAAUCAUUAUUUCCAACUCAACCUGGAAACCCAAUUGCUACCCUUUUUUCCUAUAAAGUUCCAGCAAAUGGGUACACUGACCAAGCCCAUACCAUCGCUUUACCAAACGGAGCCCUGCCCUUUGUAUCAUUUAAAGUGUCACUACACAAUUUGUUGUACCAACUCAAAGAGCCAGAAUUGAUUGACGAUCAUGGAAUUUUAAGUCAUCUUGGUAAUGACGAUUUCCAAUGUAAACUAUCUGUUAAUGAGGAAGAAGUUUCUAAUGUUGCUGAUUGUUUCAAGGAAGAAAAGGGGGAAGAUGUUGUUUUAGGGGUGCAAUAUGAUGUCAAAUUGAGUUACGGAUUGAAUGUUUUGUCUUUUAAUUGUAAGGUUGCUCCUGCUUUAAGUAAGAAAAUCAAAAACACCUUCAUUGAAGAAGAGGAAGUAGCAGGGAGACACACAAGGCAUCAAUUGCAACAAAUGCAAAAAACAUGGGAUGUUGAAACAAUAACUUUUUAUGUUGUCUGUACCUCAGGAUGA